UUUGCUAUUUUGCGGAAGCUACAUUACUCGAUCCUACAAUUCCUUCAAAUUUGCGAUUUCUAUCACUCAAAAGUCAGAACCACAUUACACGGUGCCUUUAAUCUACAUCGACAUGUGGCCCAAACAAUCCGUUCCAGAGCUGCCAAUAAACAGCGUUGAUGUUUUGGGAGAAGACGGUGUGUUGCGCUAUGGGCACGUGGUGGAUGUGGCUGACAAUGGGCUUGUAAUUGACUUCCACUGUGCAGAUCGUCGCCGUGAACUUGUUCAUUUUAACAACGUUUUUCUUGCUACCUCUCGCCCUCUGUCCGGAAAAGACCUGGCCAAAAUCUAUGCAGCUGCACCGCCGGGCCCGCGGAUGGAUGUCCGCUGGCGCCAGAGUCCCGCCGAUCCAUGGGUUUGGUUUCCGGCUGAACUGGUCAAUCUAACACGCGGUGUGCAACACGUGACGUACGAUGUGGCAGUGGUGCGUUGGUGGAACACCGUAGAAUGCACGGAUGUUGUUCCUGUGCAGUGGCUUCGACGGCGCGUACCGUCUUCCGAUUCAUCCCAGGACGACGUGACUAUGACGGGCAUUAGGGUUCCCGUGAACAAGUGGACGUUUAAAAAGGGCCGCGUGCAGCUACCGCAGCGGUUUGCCUCGUUAACACCCGCCGCUGCCGAACAACUGGUGAAGGAACUCAAUUGUCGGUCUCGCAAAUAUUUUUGGAACAAAGAUUACCAACCACAGCUUGUCGUCGAUGUGCAAGACGGACACCUGGUCUACCUGGAGCAACGCCCAUCGGAACACACGGUGGACGUGGAUGUCUGUUUUGACGAAUGCUGGGCAAGUUUCAACCGAAUGGACAUGGGUUGGCGUCCAAAAUUACCGCAGCACGGACGUAUGGAGUGGAGCGCUAUGGAUGGGCCGGGAACAACGGAUGAGAGUGAUAUCACUAUCUUGACGACAAACGUGUUGCUGGAGAUCUUCUCCCAUCGCAGUACAAUGAUACAAACUUCGCUACGUAAAGUCUGCAGCGCGUGGAACUAUAUUCUGGACCUUACCACUUGCGUUGUCGUGCGACUACAUGAAGAUGAUAAACUGUGGUUACAGUGGAAUGAUGAGCGAAGCGACCAUCUCUUGCUGACACCAAUCUUCAAGUGUCUGCGCGCAUCGACGAAGUACAUCAUGGUGGAUUGUCGCCGAUGGCGGCUGGAAGGAGAUGACUUUCUGAAAGUGUUCGAAAUGAUAAACCACGUUGCGAAACACCGGGACAAAAUUCACCUGAACGCAGUCUUUCUACUGGGGCUUCGCGGGACCCUCCUUGGCGCCAGUACUGACUGCAGCAAGAAGUACUCCGGUAAACAGCACCCGGCUUUUAGACUAUGGAAAGCAGGGUGUCGUGUAGCCGGACUGGUCAGUCUCCGUGAUUUCAUGGGGGCGUGUCGAGAUCUUCCAUGCAACGCUCUCCUGUUCCGUACCUGUAAAUUCCGCCUGGAACUGUUAGCCGACGUCAUUGUGCCGACGGGGCUUGCUACCGGCCGUGGCCCUACUCUGCCGUAUCUUAACAUUAAAAUCUCCAGGGCCCGCUUUCAGCGGAGCAGCGACUACGAUUUGGGUUGCGCGGUGUGGGAUGCGUUGGACGGUGGUUUGCCGGCGGCCCGGGACAAAGAGUUGCAGCAUCUGUCGCGGUGGUUGGCAGCCGUCCAUGCCGGUCAGAUCGACAAGGCCUACAUCAGAUACUGCUGCUCGGUUCUGUGCGGAACGCAGUCAAUGGAUUCGCGUCCGCGAUCACACUGGUGGGGGAAGAAGUGGUGCGCUGACGGCCUGGCUGUUUUGCGGUGGGAAAAGUUGUCUCGCAUUGCACUGAUUUCUUUAAUUAAGAUGGUGCAGUUCUACUCGCCAAGAGUGUGAAUUAGCAGCGUUUAAGCGAAAUGCAGAAAGAUACAUUUAACCGUACUGAAUUAACGGAAGUUAUAAUUUUCUCGAGCGUUAUCAGAAGCAGUUCACUGUUCUGCGACAACGUUUCUCUGUGCUGCUCGUUUUGCUAGAAGUUAAGUACAGGUAAAAAUCCACCGAAUCGUUGCUUGAUGUUUGACUUGAAGUUGCACUCAAUUCAGACGGGGCAUGAUCGCUGCUGUAAACUACGUUGGUAUUGUACGAAUAGCGUUCAUCGUUUGCUUUGUACAUAAUUAUGUAUGUUUGUAAAGAUGGAUUUGUUGUAUGCUGUA